UCGCUUUUCUCGCUCCGUGUCUCGAUGGGCGCAGAAAGGAGGAACAUGUCCGCCGUGCAGCUGCUGCGGGUGUCGGUACAUGAGCGGAUCAGCGCUGCGGCUGAAGACUUUCUGCUGCAGGUGGAGAAAGGAGGAGAAACGGCUCAAGUCCCGUCGCUGAGAGCGAUGCUAACCGAGCGGCUAACGGUAGCGGCUGAGGAGAUCCUCGCGGUGAUUGCGGAAACCGUGGCAGAGUACGAAGACAGAGCGGAGCAGUCAGAGCUGGAGAUCUGCCGCCAGAGGAGGCUGCUCGAUGCCGUGAUGAAACCCGAAGUCCGGCUGCACAGAGCAGACAUCCUGCAACUGGUGGUGACUAAAGAAGAGGUUCCCUCUGAGCAGCAGCAGUGGAGCUCCCAUGUGUACCAGGAGGACCCAGAGCCCCCCCACAUUAAAGAGGAACAGGAGGAACCGUGGACCAAUCAGAAGGGAGAGCAGCUUCAACAACUGGUGGAGGCUGAUAUGAAGUUCUCAUUGACUCCUGUCACUGUGAAGAGUGAAGACGAAGAGAAACUUCUUUUUACACAGCUUCCUCAGACUGAGGAGGACAGUGCAGACAGUGGAGGCCCAGAACCAGCCAGGAACUCAGGUCCUGAUGGACAUUUACAACCAGAUCCUGAGGACCAGAAUGAAGACUCCUCUGGGACUGAAAACUCUUCUGAGACUGAAGUCAGUGAUGAUGAUGAUUGGAUGGAGACCAGGGAACCUCUGUCUGGUUUAAAUACAACAAAUAACAAACUAAGCGAUAUGAGAUGUAAAACUGAUGAGAAAUCAUUUAGAUGCUCUGAGUGUGGUAAAACAUUUAACCGAAACUACAAUCUGAAGAAACAUAUGAGGGUUCAUACACGAGAGAACCCCUUUAGUUGUUCUGAGUGUGGUAAAAGCUUUAGACAUGAGACCUACCUUACUACACACAUGAGAAGUCAUACAGAGGAGAAGCCCUUUAGUUGCUCUCAGUGUGAUAAAAGAUUUUCCCAUGAUUGUUAUUUAAAGCGUCAUGUGAGAAUUCAUACGGGAGAGAGACCAUUUAGUUGCUCUGAGUGUGGUAAAACAUUUAGACUAAAGGGCCUUCUAACGCAACAUAUGAGAAGUCAUACAGGAGAGAAACCAUUUACUUGCACUCAGUGUGGUAAAACAUUUCGUAAUAGGGGCAUUCUAAAUAUUCAUGUAAGGAGUCAUUCAGAUGAAAAACCCUUUAGUUGCACUCUGUGUGGUCAUACAUUUAGAGCAAUUGCUGGUUUAAAGAGACAUAUGACAAGUCAUACAGGAGAGAAGCCAUUUAGUUGCUCUGUGUGUGGUAGAAAAUGUAACGAUAAGAGCAAGAUAACUGAACAUAUGAGAAUUCAUACAGGAGAGAAACCAUUAAGUUGCACUCAGUGUGGUAAAACAUUUAGAUACAAGAGCCUUCUAAAUCGACAUAUGAGGAGUCAUACAGGAGAGGAACCUUUAAGUUGCACUUAGUGUGCAAAAAAUUUAACAAUACCUCCAACAUUAUAAAUAUAUAUAUAUAUAUAUCAUUCAUCCAUUUCUCAAGUGACUAUAAAACUAAUAUGUUUUUUUUCAUCAUAUUAUUUUUAGUAUGUGCAAGACUCCUUAACAUGUCCACUUACUGCCACUUUUGUUUAGAAUGUUUCUUUCUCAUAACAUUCGUAACAUUGUUAUUUUAUUUUUUGAUUAGGUUAUUACUUAUCUCUUCAAUGCUGUAACCGUUGUAAGGCAGUGGUUGUCUCAUCCAGGUCUUUGUCAGAGCGAGUGGGCACCUCUGAGGAUGUGCGCCAUGGUCUGGGGAGUGUCACCCCAGGGGGUUUGGUAUUGAUUCCCCUCUUCUGCCCUGGUUGUUUCUACUUUUCCUUCCUGGGAAAGACUCACUCACCAAUGACCUGACUAUUAUCUUUGACAGCUCCGUGUAAGCCCCCGCCCAGACUGCUAGGAACAUGGGUGUGACACUUGACAGUCAACUAUCCCUUACUGCAAACAUUACUGCAACAACGUGUUCCUGUAGAUACAUGCUGCACAACAUCAGGAGAAUAGGUCCCCUUCUCACUCAGAAGGCAGCGCCGGUUCUGGUCCAGGCUCUGGUCAUCUUACACUAUUCCAGCUCCCUCCUGGCAUGUUUACAUCCAGGACAUGGUCAAACUUCACACCCCAGCCUGUUUACUCCCCUCUUCACCUGCCGAUCAGCUUAUUCCUCUCUCAAUGUGAGCUAACCACUCGACCAAAUAACGACUGUUUGCUGUCAAGGGUCCUAAAUGGUGGAAUGAGCUCCCCAAUGACAUAAAGACAGCAGAAAUCUAAACAUCUACCACUGCAGACUAAAAACAUUAUACCUGGGAUUGAUCAAAUUAAAAGAUUCUGUUUAAUAGCACUUAUAUUGAACUUAAAUAUGGCACUUUGUAGUUUUUGCUUGUCUUGAAGAACAUUUUACUGUCUUGAUUCUUGAUCUGGGUUUGUACACUCAUGGUUGAAUGUACUGAUUGUAAGUUGCUUUGGAUAUGAGUGUCAGCUAAAUUAAAUGUUAUGUAAUGUGAUUGAACUCUUUAGGUUGCUGCUGGUGUCAGAUGCAUUAUAAAUCACAGCAGGCAAUGGACUUGUUUGUCUUUUUCUUUAUUGUGGCAUUACAAAUACACAACUUACUUAGAUUUCUGCCUCUGUGCCUUCUGCACCUUGACGACAAACUCCUGCU